CAAAAUAAAGCAUUGUCCUGUUCUUCCUGCUUACACGCGGCUACUACAUGCUGGUCAUUUUGAGAUAGUUAUGAAGGUCACGCUGGUCUUUUGUCGGGGAGGACUUGGGUGACUGGAGUGAUACUGAGGGGAUCGCUGUAUUACUUGAUUAUGUUAUGCUAUUUAACUGUAAAACGGAUAGCAAAGCGCAGUACCAGACGUAGCAUUUUCCAAUUUUGUUCCCAAAUGAUUUCAAAGCUACGUGAUACCACACAACCAUAAUUCGUAAGGUAAAAUCCGGUUACACACUCAAGUUGCGCUUUGGCUGCUUUUCGGCUCGUUUUCCAAUAUUUUGAAUGAGUCUCCGUCCAUGUGUACUGAGCCGCAUAGUUUAUUCUCGCCCCUGAUGCUAAUACACCGUACUUAUGGUUAGUCUUAUCUUUCUAGUCCGCCUUUAAUGAUAGAGCCAAUUUGGUUACCGUACCCUGUCCGUGGGGGAAAUGGUGGCAGACAACUGGUGAAGUGUUUGUUGAGGUCAGCUUAGAUGCGGGUACAUCUGCCAAAGAAAUAAACUGCCAUAUCACACCUUCUCACAUUGAAUGCAUACAUCAGAAGGUUGGUCCCUUGUUAUCCGGCAGUCUAUGGCGCAAAGUGAAAAGUCAAGAGUGUUUUUGGACCAUAGAGGAUAACCAGAGAUUGCUGAUUUGUUUAACCAAGGCUGCUCGUGAUCUGCCCGACUGUUUAUGGGAGGCAAUUCUAGUUGGGCAACCGGAGCUGGAUGAAGUUACACGUGAUCAGAUAGAGCGUCAAUUUACACUUGAAAGACUGCAAAUGGAAAACCCUGGGAUGGAUUUUAGUGACGCUACAAUCUCUGGAAUCUGUCGAAACGUUGAACCUUCUGUACAUUCAUGACGAUUCAUAUUUACUUUCUUAACUUUCAAAAUAAACAUUUCAUCGGCAUAUUUACGCUCUUUCUGUUCAUCUAAUGCUUUGCGACUAUAUUGAUUCUCAUUCGUUUCUCUCAUUAUAGGAAAACUGCAGCACCCUACUGAAGCGACAUUUUAUUCACGGUGGUCAACUAGAUUCACAGAGCACCGAUACAUCCGCGGAACCAGAGAGGGGAGCAACUCUCAAACCCGGCAUAUCCGGUCCUGAAGCUCGUACGUUUUAUGAAUCCGUGGUGCAUUCCGAUCCCCCUGCUGACCCGAUCCAAUGUUGCGAUAAAACCCCGGCCUGUGCCGUUUGCGGCUCACAGUUAUCAGAGAAUUCUGAUCUGACCCUUCACUUAUCCUCCAUGGCGCAUCAAGUAGCUGAACUACGUACCAAGCCAAUCCGACCUUCUCCUUUUGUGAUCCCCCCAUCCAAUGUUGGCUAUCGAUUAUUACGAAGAAUGGGUUGGGCGGAUUCCGCCACUGUGGAUGACGAAGACGAUCGGGUUUCUACCACAGAUCAUCCACGAAAUUCGGAUGUUUCUAAAAGAAAUUUAGAGUUGCCAUCCUCUGCUGGUGGCUUGGGUUCGAGGGGUCAGGGCCGUCGUUUUCCCGUUGCAACCGUCCUCAAACGAGAUCGUCUUGGUUUGGGCAUUAGCUCAACUAAAAAGGUAGCCAAAGUAACACAUUUCCCGGCGCACGACAUCACAGCAGUCCAUACAGUCUUCCGCAAAUCUGAUAGAGGUUCCAAGUCAGUCAAACUGGACCGUCGUCUCCAGGCCAGUAAUGUGAAACGUGAUAAAGCGCGCGAAAAAAGGAUACGUGAUCAGCUCAAUCUGAAUGACGAGCAGCUGUCAAUUAUGUACCCACAAAACUAACGUUUUUUACUCCUUUGUCAUAACCUCCCUUCCGAUCACCAUCUCAUCUUCAGCAUUUGUUUUCAGAUUGCUUCAUUGUAAAUAUCUCAAUGAGUGAUUGAUUUUUUCGUUAUGGAUUAUCAAGUAGAUAUAUGACUGCAUUUAGCAUAUCUGGC